AUCUUCUCUUGCCCACAUUUUUUGCCUCCCAACAUCUAAUCUUGACUUCUUUAUCCGACUUGCCAUAAUGAUGUUCACAAAGUUCUACGCUGCUCUGCUUUUCGUCGCCGCCGCGUGCGCAACUCCUCAUGUCAAGCGUCAAGAUAUUGGAAGCGUCUUCAAUUCGCUCACCUCCGUAGCGGGAUCGGAUAUCGCGGUGGCUACUUCUGUUUUGGGUUCUGGGGCCAAUGAGGCCACCUCCGCAGCCGGAUCCAUUUUAUCUGAGGCCACGUCUGCAGCGGCGAGCGUCUUCACUGUUGUUACAUCGGCUGGCGGUAAGGCGUUCACUGAGAUCACCUCGGCGGGCGGCGUGGGCAUCACUCUUGCGGAGAGCGGUGCUGGUGUCGCGACCUCGUUCGGCGGAUCAGUGUACAGCGUCGCGACCGCUCGUGCAGUGUCCAUCGCAUCCAGUGUGUCCGCAGCAUCCGCAGCAUCCAGCGCCGCAGCUGCUGCUUCCUCGGCGUCUUCCUCAGCGUCUUCCUCAGCGUCUUCCUCAGCCGCGAGCUCGGCUAACGCAGGACAUUCGAUUGCGCCUCAGCACAUCGGAAUCCCCUUUGUUGCAUCCAUUGCCGCCAUCACGGGCGGGAUCUUCUUUGGCGCAUGGGUCGCAGUGUAAUGUACUUUGCUCUCGCAUCUCACAGCAAAUAACGAGUCCACGACGAUACCCCCUUCCCACCCGUUCAUCUCUUCUGUUCGAAACCUACACCACGACGAGAUAUGUGCAGGGACGAUUUCGAUUUGUGUUUAUUGUUUCGGGACGCUAAGUAUCUACUCUGACGGUCCUUCCACGCGGACACUGUAUCUAAGCUUCGAUCUUCCUUGUAAUUGACUAUAGCAGGCGCCUGCAAUUAUGACGAGUUCGAUGCAGCGUUAUUUUCGAUCUUCGAUCU